GGGAAGUGUGUGCACACUGAUGCUAUAACUCGUGAAGGCUUCACUAGAAAACUCAUUCCUCAGUCAAACAAGUUGUAUUUGAAUUCUGAAUAGCCCCGUUGUUGCUUCACAUGGAUGACACCAAUAUCCGAUCUUGGGCAUCGAGGCUCAAGAGCUACAUUCCGGGUUUCAGCAAUCGACAAAAAAUGGCCGAAACCAACGCGUUCGCCGCGACCGAUAAGAUUGUCAAUCGAUAUGCAGACACGAAGGUAUUACAGAAGACUCUUUUGGGCUUUGGUUUCCCAAAAGACACGAUCAAGAUCAAGGCAACAAAAGCUGGAUUACUCGAGGUCCAACUUCCUCGAAAAUUGACCCCGGAGGAGAUGGAGAAAAUCCAUGCCGAUCUUAAGAAAGCUGCCAAGGACUCGGAUUCUGAAGAAGAGUAACAGACGUAUUGACACCAUCUUGUACUGGUGGAGUCUAACUUUGAG